GCACGGUGGGUGCACCCCGGGGGCAUGUCCGCACGCCACCGUCCGGGCUGCAGCGGUCCACGCGAGAUGGCCAGUAACCCAUGUGCCAGGUAGCACUCUAUGCCAAUCUUGAAUGCCAACAGGGAAGUCAUUGGACAGCAAAACUUUUCAAGAUCAUAACUGGGCUGUUGGAGUAACUUGGAAAAGAAGAAAAAGGAAUUGAAAGCAUGGCAAAAGUCAAUAGAGCUCGGUCUACCUCCCCUCCUGAUGGAGGCUGGGGCUGGAUGAUCGUGGCUGGCUGUUUCCUCGUUACCAUCUGCACCCGAGCAGUAACCAGAUGUAUUUCAAUUUUUUUUGUGGAGUUCCAGACAUACUUCUCUCAGGAUUAUGCACAGACAGCCUGGAUCCAUUCCAUUGUAGACUGUGUGACCAUGCUCUGUGCUCCACUUGGGAGUGUUGUCAGUAACCAUUUUUCCUGUCAAGUGGGAAUCAUGCUGGGUGGCUUGCUUGCAUCUACUGGUCUCAUCCUGGGCUCAUUUGCCACCAGUCUGAAGCAUCUCUACCUCACUCUGGGAGUUCUUACAGGUAAGGGCACUUUGUACCACCCUUCUCAUCCCACCCUAUCCAGGGAUUAUCAUUUAAUCCUGGGGGGCUUCGUUUUGAACCUCUGUGUCUGCGGUGCCUUGAUGCGGCCAAUCACUCUUAAAGAGGACCAAACCACUCCAGAGCAGAACCCUGUCUGCAGAACUCAGACACAAGACUUGAAGCAGGCGUCUCCCUGUUCGGCUUGGACUAAAGAAUGGGUGCAGACCUGCCUCUGUGGCUCUUUGCAGCAGGAAUACAGUUUUUUACUGACGUCAGACUUCGCUGUGCUGGCCACCUCUGUUCUGUUCAUGGCUUAUGGCUGCAGUCCCCUGUUUGUAUACUUCGUGCCUUAUGCGUUGAGUGUUGGAGUGACUCACCAGCAAGCUGCUUUUCUUAUGUCCAUCCUUGGGGUGAUUGACAUUAUUGGCAAUAUCACGUUUGGAUGGCUAACUGACAGAAGGUGUCUAAAGAACUACCAGUACGUUUGCUACCUUUUUGCCAUUGGACUGGAUGGGCUCUGCUAUCUCUGCCUCCCAAUGCUUCAAAGCCUUCCCCUGCUCGUGCCUUUCGCCUGUACCUUUGGCUACUUCGAUGGUGCCUACGUGACUUUGAUCCCAGUGGUGACCGCAGAGAUUGUGGGGACCACAUUUCUGUCAUCAGCUCUCGGCGUGGUGUACUUCUUGCAUGCAGUGCCGUACUUGGUGAGCCCACCCAUCGCAGGAUGGCUUGUAGAUACGACUGGCAGCUACACUGCAGCAUUCCUUCUCUGUGGAUUCUCAAUGAUAUUUAGUUCUUUGUUGCUUGGCUUUGCUAGAGUUGUAAAGAAGAUGAAAAAAACCCAGCUGCGGUUCCUUGCCAAAGAAUCAGAUCCCAAGCUACAGCUAUGGACCAAUGGCUCGGUGGCUUAUUCUGUAGCAAGAGAAUUAGAUCAGAAAGAUGGGGAAUCUGUGACUCUAGCAAUGCUUGGUUCCAGCCCCUCAUGACCAAUGGCCUUGAGCCUAGGAAUCUUCAGGACUGAGAGAGGUGGGACACUGGAUUGUAUAUGUUUCUGAAGGACUUUAUUUUGGCAGAAGCAUUGCCUUCCAAGGAAAUUUAUUGUUUUAUUAAUAUGUUUGUGGGGGGGGGGGGGGGGGGAAAUAGCAAAUAACAAAGCAAACUGGACCGGCUUAGAGUUUCCCCAUUUGGGAUUUAUAUUCACAAUUGAACUCAAAGAGCAUCACACCAUGGAGAAUGUUAGGACACAACUGAUAUAAUUUCCUGCAAACAGGGGUAAUUUCAGCAUAUGACUAAAGCAGAUAACACUGGAACAGCUUUGUUUCAAACUCUUUGUCCCUCCACCUUCCUUCUUCAGUUAGAAGGUAAGCUGGAAGCAUUGACAUGUAGGUUUCUUUAUGCUGUUUGGAAAAGAGGGCAUUCCAUUUUAUUCCCUUUUGAAGAAUCUAACUAUUCUUUAAGCAUUCAGUUUCACAUCCUAAUGAGAAGCUCCACUAGGAAGAAGGUUUAGCAUCCUCACCUUCCACCACCACUGAAAGCUCAUUUCCUCCGACCAGGUGCUCAUGUCUGUUGCUAUCAUCUAUGAUACUUUAAAGUGAUAGAACACACAAAGUCACGUGGGUGAUUCCUAUAUCUUACCAGAAAUGUUAACACUAACAUUUCCCUUUUUUUCCCUUCAGAAAUAAAGCACUUAUUUUAACUGUAGACAUUCCUGUUAGGAACAGGAAAAUGUUGGCAACAUUCCAGCUGGGCAGGAAUUGAAUUCUUGAAUCAGCAGGUCUCUGAUGAGAGUUUUCUUUUCAGAUCAGACAUUUAACUUCAUCAUUACCCAAAACAGGGUGAGAGUCUUGCCUGAAAAAUAUUAUUCUAGAGAUGUUCUGAAAGUGAGAUUCCUUUCUCCCUGUGUCAAUUAUUGUUCCAGUGUCCACAGCUCUACAUCUCUUUAUAAAUAAUCAUUAAAAACUUGGUGGACAUUUUCAGCUGAAUGAGAAGGCUUUGGGAGUUAACCUCAGCACUAUGGCCCUCUCACAAAUUGUAGCUUUGGUCAGGAGAGAGGAAGGACAAAGUUAAAAAGGCUAGUGGUGUGUUGUUUUAUAGUUCAUGGAACUCUUUCACACACCUUAAGUCACUGGAUUAGAAUAGUUAUCUCACUUCCAAGUUCCCUAGCUCCCUAUGGUUUGGGUCUUCAGAUUGAAGAGGGAGGGCAUGGGGAGAUAAGAGAGAGGUCAGACCCCCAGCCUGUGCCUAACCAUUUUAAGUCCUCUGAACUAUAAUCCUGAAUCCCAAAUCAUGCUGCACUUAUAAAUAGGGGCAAGUUAUACAUUUGAAAGGAGAUUUUAACUAAUUAAAAAUUUUAAAUCUGGGGACUUCCCUGGAGGUGCAGUGGUUAAGACUCCACACUUCCAAUUCAGGGGCCUCAGGUUCGAUCCCUGGUUGGGGAACUAUGAUCCCACGUGCUGAGCCCUGUGGCCCAAAAAAAAAAAAGAAAAAAAAAAAAAUUUAAGUCUGAACCUCAAGGAAAUAUUUUGACCCUGAAGGUCAUUCAAUCCACUGUCCCCAGAGAGGGCUUACAAAUGCCUGGACACAGGUACUGAAAGAAAAAACACAGCCAUGAAGGGGACCCAGGUUGACUGAGUAUAUUCAGCAUGAGUCUUUGUAACUGGAUUAUUUUUAAAAUUACAUAUUAAUACAGUGCUUUCAGAAUGAAAUGCUGACUUGAUUUGAUGGCAGAAAGCUAGUAUCUCAUAGGUGUUUUCCAAAGAGAAAUUUGAAUUUUUCCUGUUAUUUUUAUACUUAGUUUGAAGAUUUCGUUGUGAAACCACUUUAUUUUUCAUUUGCCACUUAAAAGAAAUGUUUGGAAAAUAUCUGUAAACAGUCAAAGUUAAAAUGAAGUUGUAUGUGUUUGGAAUAAUGCUUUAUACUAAAUGUCAUUUCUUAAAUCUUCAAACCUAAAGAUUGUUUGAAAUAUGAAGAGUUAUAAAUAUUCUUAUACAUGUUUUUUCCUAUGAUGGUCACAGUAAAAUUAUGUUUAUCUUGUUCUGCAAUGUAAUUUCUCUAAAGUAUUAUAAAUAUUCAUGAAAAAUGAGCAUAGAGAUCAGAGCUUUAAAAAAUUUGUAUAAAAUAUUUGGGAUAUUCUGACUUUAUACUUAAAUACAUUUGCAUUUUAUUUUUCUUUUUGGAGCAGCAUUUUUAGAAAACCAGUAAGGAAAAUGUAGAUUUUAGAGGUUGCCAUUGUCAUCUAUACAAAAUUUUACUGUUAUGUUCCAUGUGCCUAUACUGUUUAUUUUAAAAUGGAGAGAUUCAUGAGAAUGAUGUGUUUGUUUUGUGGAAUCAAGAACAAAAUUGUGGUGGGAUGAUUUUACAUCUUAAAUAUUUCUUUAUAUCACUGCAAGUUCUACUUUGAAAUUGAAUUUAAAAAAGCAAAAGAAAUAUGUAACUUCUGUAGAAACACUGUACCCUUUGACUUUUUUUUUUCAGAUUGUGACUUCACUAAUAGAUCAGAUAUUUAUGAUAAUAUUUUCUUAUUUCAAAAGCAUAAUAAAAUGAGUUUGUAGUCA